UUUCCUCGUAUUCAUAAAUCAACACUCGUAUCGAGCAGUAAUUCUUGAGAAAAGUUAAAAAUCGUGUUUUUUGUGUUUAAAAAAAAAAUCAUUUUGAAAAAAAUCUACUGACAAUUAUUUUUUUACGGAAUUAAACAAAAAAAAAAAACUUACAAAAAUGUCGAUUAUUCCUCAUAUUUUGCGCCAAGAGCCCGCCAUCUACGACACACAUUUCGGGCAAAUUAUCCAUCCGGACAUGAUGAAGGACAUCUUUAUGGCGCCCCACAAGUUGCGUUCGUUGCAUUUGGCGGAUCAAGUGGGCGACAAGAGCCCGCUAUCGUUGCUCACGAAGGACGGCUUCCAAGUUUGCCUGGAUGUGCAGCAAUUUGAGCCGAAAGAAAUCACCGUCAAGGCCGUGGACAACCAGAUUAUCGUCGAGGGCAAGCACGAGGAGAAGGACGACCAUCAUGGUUCGAUUUCGCGCCAUUUUGUACGCAAAUACACGCUGCCCAAGGACAUCGAUAUCGCGGAUUUGCACACGACGCUCAGCUCCGACGGCAUUUUGACCUUGAAGGCGCACAAGAAAGCCGAGGGCAACGCCAAAAUUGUCCCGAUUCAACAAACUGGACCAGCACGUAGCUCCAUUAAACAUAACUAAGAAAAUGCACCAAAGCACUUCUGGCAAGGCUUUUUUUCGUACAACCAGUGAUCCAUCAGCUAGUUUUUUAAGGAAAUCGCAUGCAGGUGAACCAAGUGUUAGAAAUUAAGACGUAAAUCAUCUCAUUUAACUUAAAAAUCAUCAAAAUUUGAAACAUUUUUCACGAUUUUUCUAGUUUUAAGCGAAUUUUUUGUAUGUCAUCAACUUUUUUACCUAAAAA